AUGCGAGUACCGCCGAUACUUGCCCUUGGGCUGGUACUGGGAACGGCUAUUGCAAUAACGUCUGAACAGCUAAUCACUGCGCCGCGGCGUAGUGAGGCGAUCCCGAGUCCUCAUGGGGAAUUUGCCUUAUUCUCCGAAACCCAAUAUUCAUUUGAGAGCCAUUCAAAUGCAAAAUUGUGGAAUUUGAUGAAUUUGAAGAGUGGAGGAGUCAAUUUGCUCACUAAUGAUAGCAAUGUGUCUGAGUUGAUCUGGAUAUCGAGUGAUACUGUGUUAUACAUCAACAGCACCAAUGAAGACAUCCCUGGUGGUACUGAGCUCUGGGUAUCAGAUAUCUCUGAUUUUUCAAACUCUCGCUACAAGGCAGCCUCCCUACCGGCCUCUUUUUCCGGACUCAAGGUCGCUGAGACGGCGUCUGGAGAUGUGAACUUUGUCCUAUACUGCCAGUCACACCGCAAUGGAACUGCAUAUAACGAGAAGCUCAUAGCUAAGCCGCGUAGCUCUGCUCGGAUCUAUGAUAGUAUCUAUAUCAAAAAUCUCGAAUCCCCAUAUCCUCCCUACAGCGAUACGUCGGAUUACGAUAUCUCACCCGAUGGAGCAUGGGUUGCAUUUCGGAGCAAGGCACCAGAGCUGCCAAAAGCUAGUCAUACAGCAUCAUACAUUUACCUGGUUCCUCAUGAUGGCUCACAGCCGCCCAAGGCUAUCAAUGGCCCGGACAGUCCUGGUACCCCGGAUGGUGUUCAUGGUGACUCCAGCAGUCCCUCAUUCUCUCCCGAUAAACUGGGAUCGCUCCCUCAGAGGGUGAAGUGGACCACCGACGGUGAGAAUUUGGUCCUGAAUACCGAGGAUCAUGCCCGUACACGGCUCUUCAUUUUACCUACCGACGCAGAUGAUAACUUCAAGCCUCGAAAUUUCACGGACACUGGCUCUGUGGAUGCGUGGUAUAACCUUCUCAAUGGAGACGUUCUUGUUUCAGGGUCAGCUAUCUGGACUAGCUGGACGGCGUAUACAGCAACACCUGGGCAGAAUGUCAACAAAGUACUAUUCUCUGCCAAUGAAAUUGAUCCAGGUCUGAAAGGACUGAGCCCAUCAGAUGUUGACGAGUACUACUUUAAGGGAAACUGGACGGAUAUUCAUUCGUGGAUAAUCUAUCCUCCAAAAUUUGACAAAUCCAAGACCUACCCUCUCAUGUUUUGGGUCCACGGAGGACCUCAGGGCGCCUGGACUGAUUCGUGGAGCACACGCUGGAACUACAAAACUUUUACUGAUCAAGGAUAUGUGAUGAUUGCACCCAACCCGACAGGGAGCACUGGAUUUGGAGCGAAGUUGACUGAUAUGAUUCAGAAUAACUGGGGAAGCUACCCAUACGAUGAUCUUGUUAAAUGUUGGGACUUCGUAAACGAAAACUUCCCAUUUAUCGAUACAGAUCGUGGAGUCGCUGCUGGUGCCAGUUACGGAGGGUUCAUGAUCAACUGGAUCCAAGGAAGUCCUCUUGGACGAAGAUUCAAAGCUCUGGUGACUCAUGAUGGCAACUUCAUUGCAGAUAUCAAGAUAGCGACCGAUGAACUGUGGUUUCCUGAGCACGAUUUCAAUGGCACAUUCUGGGCCAAUCGAGACUCUUGGCGUCGCUGGGAUCCAUCUGCUCCGGAACGUAUCAUGCAGUUUGAGACACCGCAGCUUGUUAUUCACAGCGCAAAGGACCUUCGACUUCCGGUUGCUGAGGGCGUCGGCCUCUUUAAUGUGUUGCAAGAGCGUGGGGUCCCUAGUAGGUUCCUCAACUUCCCAGAUGAAAAUCACUGGGUACUUAAGCAGGAGAAUAGUCUGAUAUGGCAUCAGCAGGUUCUAGGAUGGUUGAAUCGAUACUCAGGAAUUGAAGAAGAAAACCCAGCCGCUAUCAGCUUGGAUGACACUGUGAUACCUGUUCUCGGUGGACGGCCCCGUGGGCCGUCACACAUACGGAAGGAGGGAGGAGAUCUUGAGGAAGCAGCAGGCACGACUUUAGAACUGAAGCUACAGAAAGUGGGCUAUCGGGUCUUCAACUUCAAGUCACUGCUGCUGCGGUUCAACGGUGCGGUGGCAAUGGAUGCCCAGUACCCUUUGGCUUCGCGGGAUGAAAUUUGGCGGAUCUUUGAGGAACUGAAAGGCCUCCAAGUAUCCCAGUUUGAACAGGCUGAGCGAAUUGCACAACUUGAGCGGCGCCGGGACGAGGAUGCAAGACUGAAGAACCUUUGGGGUCCAUCAUCGCCAUUCCCUACUCCGGUGGGAGGCUACAUUCCCUCUGAACCCGCUUUCAAUUCCCCGCCUGACACCUUCAAAGGUUUUGAUCAAGGGCACCAGCAUCACGCGAUGACAAGCUCUACCAUGGGCCUGGAUGCGGAUGAAGAGCCUCGUCGGGGGGCUUCGCGCGCAAAUAGUGUUCGGUUUGAUGAGAGCGCUAUUCAUGGAUACUAUGGUCAGGCUAGUCGCUCUACUACCGAGCUUCCCGUCCGGACAGGGAGUGGAAUGAGCAGCCUUCCUUUGACCGAGCGGUCUUUGUCUCAUAGAUCUGAUGGUCGAAUGAGCUCCUCGGGUCACUCACACCACUCUGUGCGAACCAACAGCUUGGGCCUGGAUACUAGCAGUCGCUUAUUGGGUUCGUCCUUCAGUGCAUCGUCGCCGGUGACUCCCCCACCUGGAUGGUUUCUACUAGGCCCGCACCCGUCUAUCAUUAGAUGCUGGCUGACGACUGAGUUCUCGAAUGAGACGCUGUUGUAUGCUGCCGUCUGCUCGGGUUCUUACGUAUCAACCUUGGCCACAUCAAUCAUUCACAAGCUUGGAUUGGAGAACUCUGUGGUGUAUGAAAACGAGAAGAAAUAUGUCCGACUUUCCGUUCAUCUUCCCGAGGCCAGUAUUCACCAGGGGUCCUCCCGUCCUGGUAGCCCCGACCCUCAGGUCCCUGCUUUGACUAUUCGGUUCCUUGUGUACGAGGCGGACAAAUCAGAUGAUACGAUUGGUGUCAUUAUUGGUUGCGAUGCACUUCGCUCGCACAAUGCUGACAUUUUACUCUCCAAAGACAAGAUCCUCAUGCUCGAUGAUGAGAGAAACCGUAUUUCCAUCCCUCUCGUCCGCCCUGAGAAUGAUUCUGCCUUCAAAAGUCUUUGCACAGCAUCAAAUGGACUUGAAAAUCAAUCGCCAAUUGAAUCCGUCAUGAAUGGCAAAGCUUCGGUUGGGGUAAUUGGAGAGCCUAUCAUUCCCCUGAAGUCAUCAUAUCAAUCGACCUCAGCUCCAGCCUCGGCUCACGUCUCAGUUGGCGAUGCAGACGAAUCCAAGAAGGAGGAUCACGUCUCCGCAGAUGAAGAAUCGCGACCGGCAACGGGAUCUUCCAAUAAUGGUAAUUCUACUCUGUCCAAGACCGAUACUGCCGCUGCUUGGAGUUCCUGGCGCCGCCCUAAGCCGGACCUGAAUGCUGCCGAUAAGGCCGCACCGAGACCUAUGAAAGUCCUUCGUCCCAAGUCUACCGCUCGGGUCGCUUCUUCCUCUUCCAUUGCUACUGCUUCGCAGCCUGCCACCCGUCGCUCUUCUGAUGAUCAUACUGCAUCUACCCCUGCAGCCAAUCCAGUUGGCGGUCUUUCUGCUUUUCCAUGGUUGAACUCUCCUUCCGCUCGUUCUUCUGGAGCUCCUAAGUGA